AUGGAUAGAAAAACUGUUGUCAUCAGUUUAAGCUCUCUUCUCCCAAAAUUCUCUGACCCUGACCCAGACAUCCGAUACAUGUCACUCAAUGACCUCCAUGAUAUUCUGGUAAAUCCAAACUCAUCGUUUCUCCCGCAAGAGCAGCAUUAUAUUAGCAAGGUUUCCGAGGGCCUCCUAAAAGCUUUAGAAGAUCAACAUGGUGAGGUACAAAACCAAGCUUUGAAAUGUUUCUCCCCCCUCGCCCGUCGUGUCCCACCGCCUACUCUAAGCCACCUCAUCCAAAUACUUUGCGAAUUGACGGAUUCUGAAACGAUCGAUACCUCGGUUCCAAAUACAGCUCUGAGAGCUAUUUUGACUGCCCUCCCGCACCCAACUAUUGGCACCGCCGUGUCCAGUGAAGCUCAAACAUGCUAUAUCGUAGUUUCGACUACCUUACUUCCCCGCUUAGUCGGAUCUGGAGGCGAGAAAUCCAUGAUAGCGGGCAAUGGAACAAAAGGAUAUAGUAAUGAUGCCAUCGAUGUCUUAGUUGAGGUGGUGAGAUCCUUUGGGCCGUUGUUGGAUGAAUCUCAACUAGCGGACAUACAACGCACAAUGCUUGAUAUUAUUGAGAAUAAGAAUGCAGGAACUGUGGCCACCAAAAGAGCGCUAUCUGCAAUAUCGGUUCUCGCUGUCUAUUUCUCUGAUAGUCAGCUGAGCCAUUUGGUUUCGAUGAUAAUCGAAGGGUUUCGCUCUUCCCACCUCACGACUGACAUCCGCCGUCAUCUUAUUGCAACUGUUUCUACACUAGGAAAAUCAAUCCCUUCAAAAUUUAGUCCAUAUUUGAAAACACUGGCACCGUUUGUUCUGUCCGCCGUCAGCGUGCAGGGGAUGGAGGACAUGGAAGAGGGCGAAUCGGAUUCUGAAGACGACCCUAAAGAAGACGAGCUACGUGAAACAGCACUUGGAGCUCUUGAUAUUUUGAUCACCUACUGCACCAAUGACAUGCAACCUUAUUUAAUGGAUUCGAUUGCAGCGGCCCUGCGAUAUCUUAAAUAUGAUCCUAAUGUCGCAGAGUUUGAAGACGAGGAGAUGGGCGGUACUCAGGAUGAAGGGAGUGACGAAGGUGAUACCCAAGAGCCAGAAGAGGGGGACAACGAUGGCUAUGAAGAUUUCGAGGAAGAAGAGGGCUAUAGUGAUAUUGAUGACCUAAGUUGGAAGGUUCGCCGUUCCUCUGCCAAGUUACUAUGCAGUAUCAUCUCUACUCAAGGCCAGACGUCCUCAAAUCCAAGAGAUGAUGGUGUUGUGUAUCAGAAAAUUGCUACCGCUGUUCUCUCGCGAUUUGCCAAAGAAAGGGAAGAAAAUGUCAAGCUUGAGGUUAUUACAACGAUGACAGGACUCGUUAAAAGGGCGGGGGAGAUGUCUGCGAGCGUCGGUGCUGCCCCUUUUCUAUCUAAGUCACAGACAAAAGCUUCUCGUAAAAGGAGGCGUCAAGACAGCGAAGGCCACAUAUCGGAUUACGAGCCCGAAAUAACUCAUGCUUCAUCAGCCCUAGAUUCGCCUGUCGUCACUCCUCCGCUUCCACAAACUGCUGCUCUUGGUGAGGUAAUGCGACUAACACCAGGAAUUGUUCAAGGGGUGGUAAAACUGUGGAAACGAGCCAUGGUGCCCUUGAGACAAGCGGCAAUUCACUUAUUGAAAUCAUUAGCACUAGUUCGUUAUGGCGGACUUGCAGAUUACCUUCAGCGAAUAGAGGAUCCGAUUGCAGAUGCCCUCAAAAGUUCUGGUGGUGGCGGCUCCGCGACCGCUGGAGCAACGGCGGCCACUGCCGGAAAUUUGCAGAUUGACACGCUUAACCUCAUUGCUACCAUUGCUGAAACGCAUGCUUCAAAUGGAUUGUUACCCUUUUUGAUUGCAUUGGUACCUGGUGUCAUUAUGGCGGUUGAAGAGAAGAAUUAUAAGGUCGCAAGCGAAUCCCUUGGAGCUAUUGAAGAGAUCAUCAAGGCAAUGACACCCCCCCGGGUGUCACCGGAUGACCAAGAUCUGGGACCGCAGCUGGACAAGCUCUAUGAUGUAGUUAUUAACAGAAUCAUGGACAAUAGUGCAGAUUUAGAGGUACGCCAACGUGCACUUCAUGUUAUUGGCGUCCUACUUGCACGAACAUCUGGACCACUAGGAACAAAGUUCCUUUCAUCUCUACAACGGGCUAAGGGUCUUUCAAUAAUUGCUGAUCGCCUAAAGAACGAGACCACGAGAGUUGCUGCUGCCCGUGCUAUUAGCAAUGUUGCAGCGUUUGCAAACUGCGACUCAGAUAUUUCUACAGCAUGGCUAGCCGAAGUAACAUUGGAUCUUGGAGCACAAUUGCGGAAGUCCGAUCGUGCUCUGAGAGAUGCCUCAAUAGGGGCACUCAAGAGUCUCACUACAAAUGCGAAUUGCCGACAGCAUUAUAAUUCAAAGACGCUCCAAGAUUUAACCAAUAGCUUUCUUCCACUUCUCAAUGCUAGUGACCUUCAUCUUCUUACACCAGCGCUUAUCAUUCUCUCGAAAAUUAUUCCUGGCCACACUGACCAGCUUAUGGAUACAAACAUGAUUAAAGUCUUAUGCACAGUUAUUCAAGGAUCUCCUAGCGGUUUGGCAUUAAAAGUAUACCUACACCUUGUCCGUGUCAUUGGAGAACAAAAAGCAGGAGGACCAUUCAUGAAUGCACUUUUACAAGAUGUCGGCGUCAAUGGCGACCCUUCAAUAGUGGGCAGAGCCAUUGGAACUCUAGUCGUGUUUGGAGGAUCGAAAAUUGGCGUAACGUCGCAGGAUUUCCUCACCGAGCUACAGAUGCAACAGGACGUGAGGCGAAAAUGUCUUGCGCUUGCUAUCCUGGGAGAAAUUGGACUUCGUUUAGGAAAAAACUCGUCCCUAGCACCUAAGCUCUUUAUCUCCAACUUUGACUCGAACUCGGACAAAGUACGCCUAUCGGCAGCGGUUGCUCUCGGCAGCGCUGGUGCAAAUAAUAUUGACGCCUAUCUACCUGUCAUUCUCGCAGAAUUAGAGACUGAGGAUUCUUCAAAAUAUUUACUUCUUCAUUCGCUAAGGGAAAUACUUCAACAUCCCGAGAGUGUUCGUGCAGACGUUGCACCCUUUGCUACAAGGCUCUGGGAGAUCCUUCUUGCUGUUUCUGAUGAUGAGGAUAACCGUGUCGUGGGCGCAGAGUGUAUUGGACGACUGGCUUUGAUUGACCCGAAAGCUUAUAUUCCCCUUCUUCAGACAUACCUGGGUGAUAAUAGCAUUGCUACUAGAGGCACCAUCAUAUCAGCUUUCCGCUAUACACUUGCAGACUCUAGCAAUGUGUAUAACGACGUUCUUCGACCUCUUAUCGUCCCAAUUUUGGCUGAGAUGCUCGCCGAUGAGGAUCUAGGUAAUCAUCGACUUGCCCUGACUACAGUAAACUCUGCGAUCCAUAAUAAGCCCGACCUUGUUCUUCCCCACCUCAAUCAGUUGCUUCCUGUAGUGAUUAAAGAUACGUACCUCAGACCAGAGCUGGUGCGAGAAGUCCAAAUGGGUCCUUUCAAGCACAAGGUGGACGAUGGACUGGAGCUUCGAAAGAGCGCGUAUGAAACCCUCUAUACCUGCGUUGAAACGGCACAUUCUAUAUUGAAUAUUGCAGAGAUAUAUGACCGAAUCCUCGCCGGAAUCCAAGAUGAGCAGGACAUUCGAACGCUCUGUAACUUGAUGGUUUCGAAGCUGAUUACACUUGCCCCAAAAGAAACCGAAGCUCGCCUGAAUACAUUCUGUGAGCCGUUCAAACGCAUCCUAUCAACCAAGCUGAAGGAAUCGGCGGUGAAGCAAGAAUUAGAAAAGGCACAGGAAGCAUCAUUGGGCGUGGUGAAAAUUAGCCGCGAACUGCAGAUGGCAUUCCCAGCAGCGGAGACGUCGGGUGAGUUUCAUGCUUGGAAGCAGUAUCUGGGUUGGAUGAGCAAGGAAUUUGUGCAACUUGUGCGCUCAGUUACUAGUGCCGGUUCCUAA